AUCUAGGGGAAAUAUUUGUUUUUACCCGCUCAUUUUUUUAUAUUUGACAUAAUUUUCUGUAUAGCCUUAAUAGUCUAUUCCAACAUGAAGCUAGUAUGUUCGAUUGACAUGAGGAAGAGAUCAAUGGGUUGCUCUGUUGGACAGACUAAAAAGGGUAAAUCGGUUGUCUCGAUCGGUUAUAUGUCGGCAACAAGUAAAGAACCUCAAUUAUCUAUAUGUACAAAACAGGACAAAAGAGGAUCGGCAUUUAGGAUUCGUAACAAUCUUUUAAAAGUUCAUACAAAAUUUGUUAGCGAAGGUAAAGCAACAAUUUCAUUAAAUGAACCAGAAAUGGAUAUAUGUAUAAGUCACGCUGAUAAAGAAAAUUUACAAAAGUUUCUUAAUGCUCUUAAAGCAGUUUUAACUAAUAAAGAAUUCGGAAUUAAUGAUUUUAAAAUCAUUAAGCCUGUCACUGCCAAAAAUGUCAAAAAUUUACAAUCUUCCUUAUCAAUUACCGAUAAAAAAAAUUAUCCCAUUAUUAAAAAUUUUCCGUCUCAGCUGGAAAAACUGGAAGUCUCGUGUGAUUUAAAAAAAAUUGAUAAUAGAAUCUUCCAGUUAAAACGCCUCUCAACUUUAAAUUUAAGUCUAAAUGUUAUUUCCACUCUACCAGAGUUUAAUAAAGAAACACUGCAGAAUCUCUCUACUCUAAUGCUAAAUUCAAAUCAGUUGUGUAAUUUACCGGAAAGUAUUGCGGUGCUUAAAACUCUAGCAACUGUAUCUUUGAAAUCGAAUAAUUUUACAAAAUUUCCAACUGUUUUGUUUGAUUUGCCAAGGCUGAGAGAAUUACAUUUAGAUGAUAACAAUAUUCAAAAAGUUCCAAAUGGAAUUGCUCGAUUGAAGCGAUGUCUAAAAGAGCUUACUUUAUCCAAUUGUUCGUUGGAGGAAGUUGCUGCAGAUAUCAGAUUCCUUAAAUUGAAUCAUUUAGACUUGUCAAAUAAUCCCAAGAUAGCAACAACUUACGACUUUGGUUCUAUUAUUGGUUCGAGUGAAGUCGAAGGAAUGUUUCCUUCUUUGUUUGAGUUAACUGCAUCUUUAAUUGCUGUUAGUGAAAUCAAUACUAGGAUUUUACCAAAGACGUUACAGAAAUCUUUAGCUGAUUAUGAUUACUGCAUAAAAUGCUUGAGAAGCGGAUGUGUUGUUAUGUACGAGACAGCAAGAUAUGUUUGGCCACUUCGUAAAAUAUCUGCUGUCUACCUAGCUGUUAAUGAUGUCGGGUGUAAUACAAUAAUAACACAGAGUAGAAUAUGUUUACGCUGUGCCUCAAAAUCAAUCAAUGAAGUAGCAAUUAUAUGCUAA